AUGACGAAAUACGUGAUAGUAGGUUCAGGGAUCAUUGGGCUCUAUACGGCCUACAAUCUUCUUUUAAGAGGAGUUUCUCCAAGAGAAAUCACUAUCGUUGCCGAACAUCUUCCUGGGGAUGAACUGAUCAACUACACUUCUCCAUAUGCUGGAGGAAACUUCUCGUGUAUCACAGAUGAUGACCCAAAGACUUUGUUCUAUGACAAGCACACGUACACGAACUUGAGUAGACUCCAAAAAGAAUUGGGAGGUGCUCCAUGCGGCUUGGACAGAUAUAUUUCUACUGAAUAUUGGGAUACCAAGCCUUCUAAGGAGAAAAUCGAAUCAUUAGCUUCCUAUUUACAAGAAUACGAAAUCAUUGAUCAAAUGAACCUUCCCAUGGGUGUAGCCUAUGGGAUAAAGUUCAGAUCGUGGAACUUCAAUUGUCCCAAGUUUUUAUUGAACUUCCAGAAAUAUCUUCAAGAAAAGGGUAUUAGAUUUAUCAAACGCAAGUUGACUCACAUCACCCAAGCCUAUCUCACUUCUUCAACCAAAACUGUUUUCAAUUGUACUGGAAUUGGAGCCCAUAAACUCGGAGGAGUCAAUGACACAAACGUAUAUCCCACUAGAGGGCAAGUUGUCGUCAUCAAAGCACCUCAUAUAGUUGAAAACGUCAUGAGAUGGGGAGAAGACUAUGCUACCUACAUCAUCAAAAGACCCUACUCCAAAGACCAAUUAAUUCUCGGAGGAUACAUGCAGAAAGACAACUGGACCGCCGAUACAUACAAGCACGAGACGGAGGAUAUUCUCAAGAGAACUACGGAGUUGUUUCCCAAGAUUUUGGCCGAUAACCCUUAUGGUAAUGAUUUGAAGGAUUUGGAAAUCUUGAGAGUUGUGUCCGGUUUGAGACCAAGCCGGUACGGAGGAGUUCGUAUUGAAAAGUCUCUUGUUGAACACAACAAGUACUUGGUUCAUAACUACGGAGCCAGUGGAUACGGAUACCAGGCUGGACUAGGUAUGGGCUACGAAGCUGUGAGAUUAGCAUUGGCUAGAGACAAUAACCUUUAG